CCGCCUACGCUGCUUCUGCGAGCGUAUCCCAGAGCUUGGACGGCCAAUGAAUAGAGAGACGAACCCUAAAGGCGGCCAAUGAGGAAAAGCGCUGCGCUGGUCACGUGAAGUGUCUCGGUAUGGUUUCCGGGAAGUGCAGGUAGUGUGUACUGUAGCCGGAGAUGGUGGGUGGCAGCCAGCUCGAGAAUGCCAAUCCGCUCAUCUACCAGCGGAGCGGGGAGCGCCGGGUGACCGCACAGGACGAGGAUGAGGAGCUGCACGACAAGAUCGACGAUCGGGAGAUAUUUGAUCUCAUUCGCUCCAUCAAUGACCCGGAACACCCGCUGAGCCUGGAGGAGCUGAAUGUUUUGGAGGAAGUCCGGGUCAAGGUAAAUGAUGAGGAGGGCUCCGUGUCGGUGGAAUUCACCCCUACAAUCCCGCACUGCAGCAUGGCCACCCUUAUCGGACUGUCUAUUAAAGUCAAGCUUCUGCGCUCUUUGCCCGAGAGGUUUAAGGUAGAUGUCCAUAUUACCCCUGGAGCGCACGCUUCCGAACACGCAGUCAAUAAACAGCUGGCGGACAAAGAACGCGUGGCGGCUGCUCUAGAGAAUUCGCACUUGUUGGAAGUUGUGAACCAAUGCCUGUCCGCAAGAUCCUGACUCCAACAAUGCCUGAAUCGCGAGCGUCCGCUGUUUACCACAACCUGCUGCUAAUCUGCCUGUAUUAUUGCUCUUAGUGCUGCUAUUGUCUUUUUUGUUUUAUAACCAACGAUAAAUUUAUAGGUAUGUGUGUGUAUAAUAAAAAGUCGCUUUUUUAUGUUA